AUGGUGAUUGUGAGUUCUCAACAUUCUGGAACAUUUGAAGACAAUCGUGAAGAUAUAGAAGACGAAGAAAACGAAACUCGAUGCACGGUUUGCAAUAAAGUUUAUCCGGAUAUAGAACAAUUAGAUGAUCACUUGGUGAGGACUCAUAGGUACCCUUACGAACAUUUUAAAUGCGAUCGAUGUCCUAGAGCGUUUUCCUGGCGUCCCGGUCUCCUACGUCAUCAAACCAUAAAACACGGAGCAAUAAAAAAAUAUCCCUGCGAAAAUUGUAAUAAAAUAUUUACGGAUCCUAGCAAUCUUCAGCGUCAUAUAAGGACACAUCACGUAGGAGCCAGAUCUCAUGCCUGUGCUGAAUGCGGUAAAACAUUUGCAACUUCUUCCGGUCUUAAACAGCACACGCACAUUCAUUCUAGCGUAAAACCUUUUCAAUGUGAAGUGUGCCUUAAGGCGUACACGCAAUUUUCGAACCUUUGCAGACACAGGCGAAUGCAUGCAGACUGUCGACUACAAAUAAAAUGUGGAAAAUGCGGACAAUCUUUUAGUAGUGUCACGUCUCAGACUAAACACAAAAGAUUUUGCGAUUCUACGUCGUCACCUGCGACGGGUACUACGGCAACACCAAUGUCUCAACCUUCGACAAACAUUCAAGGAGCGAAUCCUAGCAAUCCGUUAUUUAUGUACCCGAGACAUUUACCCUUUUAUCCGACAUCUUUGCUUUCACCCUAUCCGUCUUUAUGCGGUCUUUCCAAUAGCACUUCGGUCACGACACCUUUCAUUAGCAAUUCCCUUUUCUUUUCUCCCAGUCAACCCAGAGUGAGUUCUCAUAGGAAAAGAUCGUACUCGAAUGAAAAUGAUAGAUCUGCAUCUCCCGUCGAUAGAAAACGUCGGUUAAUCAAUAAUGUUCAUCAUCAUGAAAAAGAAUUGCAAACUCCUCCUCCCCCGCCACCAUCAUCUUCUAUAUUAAAAUCUAAAAUAUCUCCCGCACCUGCUGAAGAAGCAGUUUCCGUUGAAAAACCAUCUCCUGCUAGACCCCAGGUGAGCGCUGUUACAUCCAUUUUUUCAAAUCCUAGAGAAGUACUUUCCCCUGAUAAAAAAAAUUCAAAAGUUAAGGAAGAAGAAUCGAAUUCGGUCAAAUCGAGUGGCGAAUUCACUUCAACUAGUAGUAGUAAAAGUGGUGGUGGUAGUCGUAGUACGGUAGAUAAAGAACAACCCCUUGACUUGAGGGUGUCUCGAAAAAGAAUUGUAUAUUCUACAGAGGAAGAAAAAACCAUUGACAAUAAAUCCGCUUCAUCGAAAACUUUGUCUCCCACCUCUAACACCACUCCCACUACUCAAGAAUCAAAAACUCCCGAUGUUUCGGAAUCAAAGUUAAAAUUAAAUGUACCGCCGCCAUCAACACCUGAGAGUUCGGCAACCACCACUACUACUUCUCUAUCGACAACGCUCGGUACCAACAGUACUCCUCCCACCAUGGCUUACCCGAGACCGAUUCACCCGAUGCUGUUAGAAGCAAUGUACCGACCUUCUGCUGGUUUUCCACAAAGUUUUCCACCGCACAGUGAAAGACUAUUAGGACCUCCUCCGCCUCCGCCUCCGCCAUUCGGCCCUCCCAGAACAUUUCCUUUUUUGGGAUCUUUAAUGAAUGGAUUGCCAAACGGACAGUCAAAUCAACGUUCCUUAGACCUUCUUAGAAAUCCAUUGCCCGGAUUCACGGGCGUUAAACCAUAUCAGGAUGUAUUAUCGUCGCAACUGAGAAACGGAGGUUCGACGAAAAUGAAAGAUCGUUACGGAUGCACAUUCUGCGGUAAAAUAUUUCCAAGAUCGGCGAAUUUAACACGUCACGUGAGAACCCAUACCGGAGAACAACCUUAUAAGUGUCAGUAUUGUGAAAGACCUUUUAGUAUAUCGUCGAAUCUUCAAAGGCACGUUAGAAACAUUCACAACAAAGAAAAACCAUUUAAAUGUCCCUCAUGCGAAAGAUGUUUCGGACAGCAAACGAAUCUAGAUAGACAUUUGAAAAAACACGAAGCGGAUGACGGAACCGGAAAUUCUCACGUCGCGGACAGUCCGGAGAGUAACGAAAGCGAACGCGAAGAUGCUUGCUUCGACGAAAUCCGAAUGUUCAUGGGUAAGGUUACCUAUUCGGGAGAUACUCCAUCUCACAUGUACUCUAACUAUCCGUACAUGUCGCCGAAACUGAGCCAAGACAUGAGCGUCGCCGUCGUCAAGGACGAUAAAGAUUCGGAAACCCUUUCCGACGAACGUUCGACUACGCCGACCAUAUUUUCCGACGACAGACAAACAUUGUCACCCAAAGAUUAUUCGCUUCCGCUCACGUAUGACGUUAAAGUAAAAGCAGAACAGGAGGCCAUCAACAACAACACUCCGGAUCAGGAACCCAUAGAGGUCGUAACCUAG